AUGCCUAGAUCAUGCUGCAGCCGCUCGGGGGCCCUCCUGCUUGCCCUGCUGCUUCAGGCCUUCGUGGAAGUGCGUGGCUGGUGUCUGGAGAGCAGCCAGUGCCAGGACCUCACCACGGAAAGUAACCUGCUGGCCUGCAUUCGGGCCUGCAAGGCCGACCUCUCGGCCGAGACGCCCGUGUUUCCAGGGAACGGCAACGGCGAGGAACAGCUGCUGGCCGAGCACCCCCGGAAGUACGUCAUGGGCCACUUCCGCUGGGACCGCUUCGGCCGCGGGGCCGCCGCGGAGGAGGAGGAGGCGGCGGCGGCGGUGGCGGUGGCCGCGGGCGGCGGCGAUGGCGCCGAGCCGGGGCCGCGCGAGGGCAAGCGCUCCUACUCCAUGGAGCACUUCCGCUGGGGCAAGCCGGUGGGCAAGAAGCGGCGCCCGGUGAAGGUGUACCCCAACGGCGCCGAGGACGAGUCGGCCGAGGCCUUCCCCGUCGAGUUCAAGCGGGAGCGGCCCGAGCCGGCGCGCGGCCCCGAGGGCGCCGCCGCGACCCAGGGCGAGGCGGUCCCCGCCGCCCCCCCGGAGUACGGGCCGGGGCCGGGGGCGGAGGCCGGGGCCCAGCCGGCGCUCAAGAAGGACGAGGGGCCCUACAAGAUGGAGCACUUCCGCUGGGGCAGCCCGCCCAAGGACAAGCGCUACGGCGGCUUCAUGAGCUCGGAGAAGAGCCAGACGCCCCUGGUGACGCUGUUCAAGAACGCCAUCAUCAAGAACGCCCACAGGAAGGGCCAGUGA